CCCGCAUGUAUUCAGUAAGGACUUCACUAAAUGUAUAAACGACCAGGAACAUGUUGGGCACCGUCUUAUGUAGAACUCAUGAGCUGACCUUAGAACAGGUUCUCAUUGGACACCCACCACUAGCUGUUGACACGAAUUCAUUGGUGAGUCUCGUGAAAUGUUGUGUGAGUGAUCUGAAGAGACUGCUAACUCACAUAGUCUGCUAACUCAAGGACCUCUCAGCUCUAGCCCCACUUGACUCCUCGUUAGAAUCACACAGCGGACGUCAACAUUGGAGCUUAUUUACUGCUAUCCCGAUGGCGUGGUUCUUCCCCCUAUGUCUGAUUCUAAUGUUUGUACCAUUGAUUGUAUCAGAGUCACUGUCGUGUACAUGGAUAGAACACAAUGCUAUUGAAGAAGAUGACGCCAAAGAAGUGAAAUUAAAACGUAUCCCGGAGAAUAAACCAACUUACGACCCAAAGAGAAAGACCCGCCUCUACAAUGUGAGUGCAUCUGUUGCUGGUACCUUAGAACUGGACUGUGGACUCUGUUCUAUUUCCAAUGUAGACGUGAUGGCUCACUCUGAAUAUAGCAAGAAUUCAUGUCAAGGUUUGACUCAAGAACUGAAGACAAGCAGCAUGGAUUGUUGGUGGAAGAACAAUUGUACUGUGACCUAUAUCCCAUCAAUUAUUGUGUUUCCUGAGAAAGAGAUGCCGCCAUAUUGUUUUGGUAAAGAGACAAAUGUCAUAGAACUGAAAUAUUCCUGCGUUGAGAACUAUGGAACUCUAAUGAAUGACGUCAUUCCCAAAGUCCAAACAAUUCAGUCAAAUAAAGGCUACAUUCAAGCAAUCUUGACAGAAGAGAAAGCUUUUCAUUCAGACCAUUUGCUGUCUCAGAUACGUAGGUUCCGAAUUCAAAUCAAACCAAAGAAUGCGAGUUGUACAGAAGUACACAUAAGCUUAAGGAACAAUAUCUUUCAACAAGGUAACAGAUGGCUCAUUGAAGGCGAUGGUAUUAAGUGUGAAUCUAUAAAUAAAAACACGACAUCAAUCCCAAAGUUGAAUGGAUCCUUUAUUAAUGUUAACCUUAAUUUAGACAAUGCCGGAUUAAUAUCAAAAAGUAUUUUCUUCUUUGAAUGGUGUCCUUCCAAUCAACCCAACAAUGAAGCUUCCGAAACUUAUUACAUGAUUCCGGAGAAUGAAUCCAGAAAUCCAAAGGGCAUCAUUAGAAGCCAUUCUUACUUCCCUUGGAACUAUCCUCGACCUGUUGGUGCACUAGACAAACAUCUCUGGACCUACUACUUGUAUCACAUUAGGCCUCCAAAGUCUGACAAGUUUUUAACCCUAAAGAUGGACAAACUUCGAAUAGUGGACGGUGAUACUUUAAACUUCAUACACGGAGAAAAAACAUUUACACUGAAAGAAACAGAGACCCGUGUGAUUGAAGGGUGCCAACGUUUAACCAUUAAUUUCACUCUUCUUCAUGCUGUUGCUGGAUAUUAUCCAACCGACUCUGGAUUUCUUCUCUUCUAUGAAUGGUCAGACAUAAUAAAGAGAUCAUCAUUUGACUUCUUGCUGAACGCUAACAUGAAAAAAAAAGCUGGCCAGCAAGUACCGUUGAAAUGUCAACAAAAAAAGGUGAAACAGAAGAAUAAUGGCGAAGAAAAACCAAAACGUAAAAAAAAUGAUUCGCCCAAAUCCAAGAAGAAUGGGAAAAAGAAAAGCGCCUGAACCAGUUCAUUGAGUUCUAGGUUUAAUUCCAUUCCUCGGUGCUAUACUCUCCAGACGUAUCCAAAGCUAUUUACCAAUACAAAUGUGUCUCACAACAAGCACGUCUAUGUUUGACCAGUUCCCCAAAUCAUUAAUGUAAGAGAUACAUUGUUGUUGAGCUUUAUUAUAAUAAAGAAUUGGAAAAAAACAA